AUGGAAAACCAAGAUAUUACGCCGUUCUCGCCCGAGGUCAACCAGGCUUCAUCAGAAACCGAAAGACACCCUGACACGUUCCCAUACGACAACGAUGAGGAAAUGAUCCUGAUGCAAAUGGCAGAGGAUAAGGACGCACCUCCUACGCCAGGCCUAAAGGCAGCAAUGGAGAAGAGUCAAUACCCUAGUGAGAGGCUGGGACAGCAACAGUCCAUGCCUCUUUUCAUGGAACGUCCAAAGAGCUCUGGUAUCGACGUGACAGCUUUUUGCUUUGCAAAGCCUUCUGGAAGGAACUUUUCAGUCAAGUCUUCAAAGCCGUCUGCCACGAAGCCUCCUGCUCGAGACCCCAUUCAAGGUAAACCAGGCCCAACUGAAGAGCCCGUUAAGCAGAAGGAAGGGAGAAGUGACGAGUAA